AUGCUCGCCUCGCAAGUAACCGCAUCUCUCCUCCUCACCCUCCUCGCAUCCUUCACCGCCGCCGCGACCCCCCAACAACAACACCAGCAACACCUCGAGCUCCAACAGCAGCAGGAUCCGCUUUCUGAGCCAGACCUGCUCCACCCCCUGCCACCUCAGCAUUACCCUGCUCUCGCAGCUGUCCCAGCAACUCCCGACCUCUCACCCCCCACCGCCUACGAAGCCAUGUCGUCCUCUGUCGCCCGGACGGCCCCGCUCGUGUUCCCGGCCGCGGGCAAGCACACGGCGACCGUCAUCUUCGCCCACGGCCUCGGCGACACGGGCCACGGCUGGGCGAGCGCUGUCGAGAAUUGGCGCCGGAGGCAGAGGCUCGACGAGGUCAAGUUCAUCCUGCCCAAUGCGCCUCAGAUCCCCAUUACCUGUAAUUGGGGCAUGCGCAUGCCAGGUUGGUUCGACAUAGUAAGUCGCGGUACAAUCUUCGACCGCCACCGCCAACAAGAGGCACAAGCAUCAUCAUCGCCACCGUCCUCAUCAUCACCCGAGCUAACCACCCAAUCUCCCCCGCAGAAAGUCCUCGACGGCACAGUCGAGGCCCUCCGCGAGUCCGAAGACGAGCGAGGGAUCCUCGCCUCGUCAGAGUACUUCCAGCAGCUCAUCCAGGCUGAGGUGGACGCCGGCAUCCCCGCCGAGCGCGUGGUCCUCGGCGGUUUCAGCCAGGGCGGCGCCAUGGCCAUCUUUUCCGGCCUGACGGGCAAGCACAGGAUUGGCGGCAUCGUGGGACUGUCGUGCUGGCUGCUGCUGAGCAACAAGUUUGCGGGGUUGGUUCCCGAGGAGAAGGUGAACCAGGACACGCCCGUGUGGUUGGGCCACGGGGACGCGGAUCCGCUUGUGCGGCCUGAGUUGAACGCGUUGAGUGCGGACGCGUUGAAGAAGCUUGGGUACAAGGUUGCGAGGACGCUUUACCCGGGUAUGGGUCACGCUGCUUGCCCUGAGGAGUUGGACGAGGUCGAGGCCUUCUUGUUGGAGAGACUGCCGCCUACUAAGAAGUGA